AUGGAAUAUGAUAUUUUGAAUGAGAUCCUAACCAGUACAGUUUCGUCUCUAUUUGAAUGGAAAAAUCCUGGAAUGGAAGAACAAAUGAGAUCAAGUCUAGCCUCAUUACCCCCUCCAAACUCAAGUGACUGGGUAAAGGUAGAAGGCAAUCAGAAACUUGAAAUGGCACUUAGGCGAUUAAGAAUCGAUAGAAAUACUACAAAUGGAAGGGAGCUGAAUAAUAAAAAGCAGCACUUUAAAUAUGGAGUCUCAGCCUGGUAUGACUCUUGGCCAUGCAGCUUCGAGCACAUAUUUAAAGUAUAUCGGCAAGGCUUUUCCAACUCAAAAAUGGACAGCAAUGCUAGGCAGCAAAUCCAUAUUGUUCCGGAGCCUAGCCUAAGUCCACUCUCAGAGUUGGUGAUUUAUUCUCGGAGGGUGGGUUCAGAGUUGAAAAGGGGAAGCCAGCAAGGUCUGCAGAAACAAAUAGACAAAUUGUGCAAAUCCCUAGAGUGAAAUCUGCAGCUACACCCCGAGCCUUAACUCUUAACCUUUAACUUUUGAAAGUCUGAUAACUAACUAAUCAAAUUACGGCCAUAAGAUUUUUCAAUCUGACCAUUCCCGAUUAUAACUGAUUCUGAUCUGAAAUUUAAAUUCUGAUAAAAUAAAAUGUAACUGAUUCUGAUGUAAAAUUUGAAUUCUGAUAAAAUUUUCAAAAGAACUCAUUUCCCCAAAGACUGACGAACUGUAACACAUGUUCUGUGAUUCCGCUUUGGCUUCAAGAGUCUUCAUCAAUUUCACCUGCACAUCUCCAUGAAACCAUCUGCAUUUCUCCAUCUCCAAGCCGCUCCCCAUCAUAUACUCACUUCACCAUUACGGCAAAAUAUGUAUAAAGUCUGAUAGGAAUUCCAUUUUUUGAGAUCUUGUACGGGUAACCUUCGUUCAUCCCAACAGCAAAGGCAAGGAGGAGACGCAAGAGGAAGAGCAAAUACUUUGGAUGUCCCCGUAGCGUCAGGGGCCGAAGGAGGAGCAAGAUUAUAACAGAUCUCUACUUCUCUUCAGUGGAGUUAUCUCAACCGAACUAGCUUGACCGGCGGCGUCGCAAAGCGGAUGAACCCUUAUGGAUCUUUAUGACUGCUUAGCCAAUAGGUACAAGCCGCUCUGCAAUAAAAUUAAGAUUAAGAUUAAAAAUAAUAAAACAACUGAUGAACUAAAUACUGAAAAAAAGAAAGUUAAAAAUGAGCUCAAAGCAUAUGACACCACUUUUAAAUCACUAUUCGGUCGAUUACCUAAAAGAGAAGAAAAAGAGCCUAUGAGGCCACUAUAUAUGUAUUACAAAAAGAUUAAGCAAGCUAUCUCUAAAAGACCAGCUGAAAAAGGCAAUAAAAAAUUAAAUCGUGAUGAAGUAGCAAGAAAAUUAGAAACUUUAAGAAAGGAAAGAAGUGAGUUAAAAGCAAUUCUUCAUAAUUUUCAAUUAGAGUUUUCUCAAACAAACCAGAGAAAGAUAAGAUAUCACAAAGAUAUCCUACCAGUAGAAAAUGAAUAUAAAAGAUAUAAAGAAGUUAAAGCUGAGAUUGCAAAAUUAGACUCAGAACUGAGCAAAGCAUAA